CGAACUCCGCGGAGCGCCCUAGCACCCUGAUCGUCCUUUCUUGUUCACACGAUUCACACCAAUAGUUUUGAUAUUUUUAAUCAGGUAUUUGAUCUUCCUUGUUAAAUUGACCAAUCACAGCUUCUGUAGCUUUACUGAUAUACAAUUAAAAUAUUAAAACCGUAAUAAAGUGUUAAUGCACUGCAAAUCGGGAUCCGGCUGGAGCACUACGCAAGACACGCCCCAACGUACAUCUCGGCUAGUGAGCGUGACACGUGAGUUCAUCCUCUUCACGCUUGGAACUCAAAAUGAAGAUGAGGAGAAGCAAACGCAAGAACAUCGGGCCCCCCAGGCGUUUUUUGUCAGAAUUUACAGCUGCCAAAGAUUCGGCUGGCCAGCCUGAGUUGGAACAGCCCAGCUCCCACACUGUGGCAGAGGAAACGACUGUAGUGCACUGCAGUGAUGGGUCUGACUCGGAUUCAACCACAGGACCGCAGUCUACUGUCACAGCAUCAAAUAGUUCUGCAGCUCCCACAGCCAUAGCAGCUCUGAAGUGCAGAAACAGAUAUAAUAAUGCCUUAAAAAUAAGGCGAGAUGUUUUAAAGGACAAAUUAUUAAGUGUUGAAAGCGAAAGGGACUAUCUGAGGAUACAGCUGGCUGAGGCUUUGGCUCUUCUAAAAAAGGCCAUAGACAAAAUGGGGUCAGGCAACUCCUCUUCAUCCUCCUCCUCCAGUUCCUCAUCCUCUUCGUCAGAAAGAGGGAAGAAGAGGAAGAAGAACAAAGACAGCAAGAAGAAAAGAUGAAAAAAAGCGAAGAAGGCAAAAGGAAAGACUGCAAAGAGAGUCCUCCUGACCCCAGAAGAGGCCAUAACCGUGUUUUGGAGGCUGUGAAAAAGGGGUCGAAGUUCAAUGAAGGACUUUUACCCAUAUAUCCAAGGGGGAAGUGAAGAAUGGAUGUUUUUUUGUUUCAACAGGCCAUUUAUUUUAUUUCUUUAAAAUAUUGACGCUCUCUAUUGAUUUUUGA